AUGGGAAUCACGCCCUACAAAUGCAUUGCCUGUGGGAGGAGCUUCCGGCUGAGCUCAGCACUCCUGAGACACCAGAGGAGCCAGGCCGAGCAGAUCCCCCGCCAUCCCACUGACUGUGGGGAGAGCUCCCAGCAGCGCUCUGCCUUUGCCAGACCCCGGAGAAUCCACUGGGCGGAGAAAAGGUACGAGCGUGCUGACUGGGCCAAGGCCUUUGGGCAGAGCUCAGAACUGAUCAGACAUCAGGGACUCCACACCGGCAAGCGGCCCUACACGUGCUCCGAGUGUGGGAAGAGCUUCUCUUGGAGCUCAACCCUUGGAGCUCACCGGAGGAUCCAUACAGGCAAGAGACCCCAUCAGUGCAGGGAAUGUGGGGAGCGCUUCAACUGGAGCACUACCCUCCUCGUUCACCAGACGAGCCAUACGGGGCAGAGACCCCACAAAUGCACCGAGUGUGGGAAAGCCUUCAGUCACAGCUCGGCUCUCGUUCAGCAUCAAAUAAUGCACACGGGAGAGAGACCCUGGACCUGCUCCGGGUGCGAGAAGAGCUUCGGUCAGAGCAAAUCCCUCCUUGCCCAUCAGAGGAGCCACACGGGGAACAGGCCCUAUGGGUGCAGCGAGUGUGGGAAAGGCUUCCAGCGAAGCGCAGAGCUUCUCUGA